CUCAUAUGAGCUGUGUGAUGGCAUAGGGAGCCUGUUACACACACUCCUUUGCUGCUCCAGGAGCCCCGUCUCAUCACACAACACAUCUCUCAGGACACACUACGCACUGCAGCUGCGGAGAACGGAGGACCGAGCAAACAAGCUGAAACAUUCAGAUAAUUUGGAACAAUGUUUGAAUGCUGGAUUAUCUUUCUUUUACUGUCUACAACAUCUGAGUUUUUUGUGGUGGUCCGCUCAGAGAACAACACUGGAGGUACGGCACAAAAAAAUGCUCAUGAAAUGGACUUUACUCGCCACAACAUUUUGACCGCGCAGUUUGAAUGUUACCAGAAGAUUAUGAAAGACACUAAUCACAAAAAAACAGAUGGUUCUAUGUGUAAAAGGACCUGGGAUGGAUGGCUGUGCUGGGACGAUUUGGAAGCAGGUGUCACCUCGGCCCAGCACUGUCCGGACUACUAUGAUGACUUUGACACCUCAGAAAUGGCGACGAAGAUUUGCACUGAUUCAGGCCAGUGGUUUGUCCACCCAGAGAGUAACAGAACAUGGACAAAUUACACAGGCUGUCAGCAUAUGUCUACUGAUCACAAAAGGACAGCACUUAAUCUCUACUACUUGGCUUUGAUCGGACAUGGAUUGUCACUUAUAUCUUUGUUUACUUCUCUAGGGAUAUUUUUCUAUUUCAAGAGCCUAAGUUGCCAAAGGAUAACUCUACACAAGAAUCUCUUCUUCUCCUUCGUACUAAACUCUGUUAUAACCAUCAUCUUUUUCACUUGUGUUGCAAACAACCAAGAAGUAGCACAAGCCAAUCCAGUGAGCUGUAAGGUGUCUGUGUUCAUUCACCAUUACCUCCUGGGCUGUAACUACUUCUGGAUGUUGUGUGAGGGAAUCUACCUGCACACACUCAUUGUGGUGGCCGUCUUUGCUGAGAAACAGCACCUCAUGUGGUAUUACCUUCUAGGAUGGGGCUUCCCGUUAAUACCUGCAUUUAUCCACGCAAUAGCCAGGAGUUAUUACUACAAUGACAACUGCUGGAUAAGUUCAAACACUUCUCUUCUCUACAUUAUCCAUGGACCCAUCUGUGCAGCCCUGUUGGUUAAUCUCUUUUUCCUUUUAAACAUUGUGAGAGUGCUGAUCACCAAGCUGAAGGUGACCCACCAGGCAGAGUCCAGUCUGUACAUGAGAACUGUUAGGGCCACCCUAAUUCUGGUACCUCUGCUGGGCAUUCAGUAUUUACUGCUGCCUUACAAACCUGAUGGACGGCUCGCCUCUGAGAUAUUUAUGCACACAAUGAACAUACUGAUGCAUUACCAGGGCCUCUUGGUUGCCACCAUAUUUUGCUUCUUCAACAGCGAGGUGCAGGGUGUUUUGCGAAGGCACUGGAACCAGUAUCGCAUCCAGUUUGGCAGUACAUUCGCUAACACAGAGGCUCUGCGUUCUGCAUCCUACACAGCCUCCUCGAUGACAGAGGUCCAUCGAUGUUACAGCAUUGACAGCCACAUGGAGACACUAAACGGCAAGAGUUUUCACAGUCUGGAGACCACCAUUCUCCGAUCAGACAAUCUAUACAUGUGAGAGACUUGUAAGCAGCUUCACUGGGAAUACCACUGACCAAAUAUGUAUGAGUAGAGGCUUACUAGACAUACAUAUGGACAAGACACUUUGUACUACAGACACCAAGAAGCCUUAUCUCAAAACCUGGCCAUAAUAUUUGCCUCUUUAUGGAUGGGAUUAGCUGUUUUUGACUGGAGAAAAUACUGUAUUUUACAUGGAAUAUUAAAUUCAAUGCAGUUGGAACACUAUGGGAACAUCAUGCAUUGUCAGUCUUUCUGAUUUAUUUUAUUGAAUGGACCUCAAGUAAGAUUUUCUGUGGGUAUGAACUGAGGAGCUGCUCGCUGUUGCCUUUAUGCAUUGGUUGAUGGUUUCUAUGCCACUGUUUAAACAAAAAGGCUUCUGGCUUGAAUAAAGAUGAAGAAGGCACCACAAAAACUGUGAAUUCACAUCAAUGGAUCUAUGCAUUGUGCUGGCUCUAAAAACCUGUAAUAAAUCAAAGGAAUAUACAAUGAAUGGCACAAUGAUGUGAUUCCAGAAGAAAUUGGUGAUCAUGUCUGUCCUGCAUUUCAUGUGGUUCUCGCUCUCAGUGGGGCGCGUGGUGAGUUGUGCGUGGAUGCAGCGGAGAAUAGCAUGAAGACUCCACACGUGCUAGGUCUCUGCGGUAACACGCUCAACAAGCCACGUGAUAGGAUGCGCAGAUUGACGGUCUUAGACACGGAGGCAACUGAGAUUUGUCCUCUGCCACCCAGAUUGAGGCGAGUCAUUAUGCCACCACGAGGACUUAGAGCGCAUUGGGAUUUGGGCAUUCCAAAUUGGGGAGAAAAGGGGAGAAAACCUAAAAAAUAAAAACAAAUAAAAAAUAUGUACAUAUGUAUACUUUGAUUAAAGAAACCGAAACAGAAUAGAGUGACUGUCACUAAAAACUAUUCAAAAUACAUUUCCUUGCUGAAAAAAACUAGCAUAUGUUGUGUUUUGGAGCAUGUCUCCAGAAUGCGAGGCUGGUUUUCCCACCAGACUGUUUAACUAGUUUCAGCAGCAACACUAACUUGGGCAAUGAGCUUCACCAGCAUUAACUAGGAUAAACCAGUCUGGACAUGUUAUAAUAUUCAAGGAUAAGUUAAAUUUUCUCCACGUGGGUUCAGAGUUUUUGGGGAACUGUCUCUCAACAGUGUCUCUAUGGCUGGAACAUACAGAUGAUUUUGCCACUUUUUCACUAUCGUGUUUCUCAUCUGCACAUGCUGGAUAAAUAAACAUUCAUAUGUUGAAAUGUAAAUAUAUUUCUACAUCUAUGUGUUAUGGAUGUUGGGUUGGUGUAUAUAAAUAUAUUUAUAAAAGUAUUCUUGUGUUUUUGAACAUGAACAUGAUUAAUUCGGUAUAGGGCUUUAGAUUUUAGAUGAUGGAUAAAUAAAUAUAUAUAAAUAUAUGUCUCUUUUUUUUUUCCUUUUUUUUUUUAUCCCUUUUUUCUCCCCAAUUUGGCAUGCCCAAUUCCCACUGCUUACUAGGUCCUCGUAGUGGCACAGUUACUCACCUCAAUCCGGAUGGCAGAGGACAAGUCUCAGUUGCCUCCGCUUCUGAGAUAGUCAAUCCGCGCAUCUUAUCGCGUGGCUCGCUGUGCAUGACACCGCAGAGAAUCACAGCAUGUGGAGGCUCAUGCUACUCUCCGCGAUCCACGCACAACUUACCACGCACCCCAUUGAGAGCGAGAAUCACUAAUCGCGACCACGAGGUUACCCCAUGUGACUCUACCCUCCCUAGCAACUGGGCCAAUUUGGUUGCUUAGGAGACCUGGCUGGAGUCACUCAGCACACUCUGGAUUUGAACUUGUGACUCCAGGAGUGGUAGUCAGCGUCAAUACACAGGACCCCAUAUAUCUCCUUUUUUUAUUUUUUUAUCUAGUUUAAAAUCCAGUUACUUCCAGAUUGGCUCUUUGUAUCCUAAUUAGAAUUUUUGUUACAUUUGUUAAAAACUACUAUGAUUAUUAUUAUAACUAUGAUGAGUCACAACUGAAACAGCUCAGCUCAUUAGAUGUAGCACCUUAAAAUUAUUUUAAAAUGUUCAGAAGAUCUUUGUUAAUUGUAUUGUAAAGUACUGUAUGUUAAAAACAUUGUUUCACUGUGAAUGGUGGAAAUAUAAGUACUUAAAGGUCAAAUAUAGUUUUUAAAUACUAACCAUGUUGUGUUUAAUUCAGUUGUUGACUGAAGUAAUGAAGCAGAGCAAUGCAUUUUUUUAUAUAACAAUUAUUCAUAAAAUAUUUUAGAGUAUAAGUCCAGUAUAAAUGCCGACUUGUUGCUGUUAUCACUGCAUAUAGCUUCAGAAUAUUAUUAUUCUCUUAAAUGUUUUUUUUUUUUUUUUUUUGUCAGCUCUGUUGAUUCUGUAAGGCCCUGUUGAUUCUCCAACUGCCAAUAUAAAUAACUUAUAUUUAUAAAUAUUUUUAGAAAAUAUAUAUUUAUAUAAAUAAUAAAUUAUAUAAAUUGUUAUAAGUAUAUAAUAUUAAUUAUAUAUUUUAUAUUAUUAUAAUAUAUGUUUAUAAUAUGAAUAACUAAUAAGACAAGUUAUUGUGUAAAAAGCAUUUAAAUGCCUUAAAUGAAAUGCAGAUUUUAGAGAACCAGGUUACCACACUUUUUACUCUAGUGAAUAUUUCUUAGAGUUAAAGUAAGUUUUUUUUUAACAGACACAUACCUUAAAGUCUUGGGUACAAAAAGCUAUUUGAACAUUCCCACAGUUAUUUAAAAAAAGACUGACCCUAUAACAGGCAUGUUGUUACACAUUGGGACCCUGCCAUUUAAUACUCCAUCAUAGGCUUUUCAGCUAAAUUAAUGAUGAAUUUGAAGAAAUACCUUGUCCUAGGAACACAGUUCAACCUUUAAAAUAAAUUGUACCUUAAUUAUA